AUGACUUCUCCGCAUAGUCCGGAAGCCACCUUCAUGGCUGUUCUGAUGAUCAAGCUCGGGCUUCCAACCGAUCCCGGUGCCUUGCUCACCUUUAAGAAGGACCACCGUCGCUCACAAAUUGAAUGUCCGGCAGGUUGGCCGACCAUGGUCUGGUCUAUAUCUGAGAUACUGGAACGCCGUACGUGCGAUUCGACAGUCAGCUUUAUUGCUAGGGAUCUCAAAAUCAAGGACUUGGAUGUACACUCGGUGUGCCGGGACUCUGCAGAAAACACGUUUUUCGUUAAAUUCAAAGAUGAGACGGUGAUGAAGGAGACCACUCAGCGUUUACAGACAACGGAAACCUUUACAUAUGGCGACGGUAAGAAGGUUCAAGUGCACGUGGCAACAGCAGACGGAUUUUUCCGUUAUGUUCGAAUCUUCAAUCUCCCACCCGAAUUUACUGACGCGGACAUUGCGAAGGUAAUGGCCAAAUUUGGAACAGUACGACAAAUAGUCAGAGAGAAACUGCCUUCGGAUCUUGGUUUUGAUGCCUUUAACGGUACGCGUGGCGUACAUAUGGAGGUCAAAUUGGAAAUACCACCUGCACUGUACAUCGGUCAUUUCAAGUGCCGUAUCUUCUAUGAAGGCUUACGUAAUCGAUGUUUUGUAUGUAAGGAGGAGGGUCACGUAAAGGCAGAUUGUCCAUCACGUCCUUCAGUACAGUCGAGAAUUGUUAACACAACCAUUAUCGGUGAUGAGAAUCGCCAACCAGUGACAUUUGCAACCAUCACAAAAGGUAUAAACCAAAUCUGUGGUGCUGAAUCCUCGGACCCACAAGAAGAAACGGCCGUUUUGGAACAGCUAGAGGAACUAGCUUACUCUUCUGCCAACGUAGCAAGUUUGCUAAAAAUUUGUGAGCGAUCAGAAUCAGGACGUAAAUUCCUUGAUAUUGCCAACAACGACAAUGAAAGUAAUCUGAGCACACCGGAAUGUCGAGAAUAUAUCAUAGAUGCUGUAGUUGAACAUUUCUUCGUGUUGGGAAAAGGAAAAAUUCUGGCAUCGGACUCUACUAAAAUGGUACAAAUCAUUUGUAACCAGUUGCCGCAUGAAGACCCACGUACCUGGUACAUUCCGAAGAGUCAGAACCAGGCAGCUGCAGGGUUACUAUUUACUCGGUAUAAAUAUAUGCAACAGCAUGAUACAAGAUUCAAGAAAGGUAUAUAUAAUCCAACAGCAGCCACAGCAGAAAAUGAACAACAGCCAGAAAGUCCAAAACGAUUUGAAGAUCAAUGGAAUCAAUUAAGUGCCGAAGAACGUGAUCAAUGCCAAGCUGCCAAAAUCAAAUUGAACAUAAUCGGAUUUGAUCGAAAGGAAGAAAUUAUGAACCUAUGGAUUACCAGCUACCCACUGCGACGUUUCCAGUCGGUCACGGGAAAAUUAGCGUUCGGAGAUUGGGAUGUCUUAACCUAUUAUGUGGAUGUGCAUCAAUUAAUAUCUGUGGACUUCAAAAAAAUUCUGCCGAAUCAUGUUAGGCACGAGGAACGUAUUUUCCCUUUCGUUCGCCGAUUCAAAAACAUUUUCGAAAACUACAAACAGCUAAUUGUCGAGGACAUGGAUUUAUUGAACAAUUUGGCUUCUAUUUUUACAGACCAUUUUCAACUCACUGAGUACUCCAUAUUUCUCGCGUUGUACGCAUUGCCAUUAAUAAUUCGUCAAUACUUCAUAAAAAUAGGAGGUAGAAAACGCACAAAACCGUCCUUAUUGCAAAGCAGACAAGCGUUCAUUUGUGUACUGGCGACAGAGGCCACUUUAGAGGAAACCAUCGCGUCUCGACAACUGGAAGCUCGGAACUUGGGGAAAAAUGUACAGCCAUUCAUAGUGGCUUUUGGUUCUAUUGCAAACAUCAACAACAAAUUCUUCGUAAUCUUGGACAACAUUAAGUUCCCUUGUAGCAGCAUUGUAUCGGUUUUGGACCUCUUGUUUAAACUACACACUGUUUUCCAUUUGCGAUACGCGGAAGAAUGCGAAAACGUUCUAAAUUCCUUUGCAGAUGCUGCCAAAUCGUCGAAGAAAACCGAUCUGGAAUCCUGCUCACUACUAUCUGGUUAUCGUCGAUGCUUACUCCAAGUGGUACGAAGUUUUUCGCACUCGCAAUACAACAACGGCAGCAACACUGUAGAAUCGAGAGAAAUCGCGGUGACAAAAGCGGUGAACAUUACAUUAGGGGAUAUUUUGGACUACAUAGGAGAUUCCAUUAAGCCGCUUCGAGAAGGGCAAUCUGUUUUUGAAUCAGGUCAUGUUGUGUGCAUCGGUUAUACAAAUGAAAGUGAUUCCAUGAUUGGUAUUUGUGGAUUUGUGCCCCAAAGUUCCCAUCCAGGAGACGUUCCUCAUGAAGUUAAACUGCAUAUUGGCUACGAUUUCCGUCAUUGGAUUCUUCGAUGUGUAUGCAAAGCGGGUACCGCUAGAUGUAAACAUAUUGUCGCCUGUUUGCUUCAUCUCGCUAACACUCGCUUUGUAGAAUAUUUAACAUGUACCAGCUCUCGCCAAGCAUGGGGAAUUAGUAAAAGCGAGAAAACUGAUUUAUGGAAAGCCAAAGUUGUCAGGAAUCUUUGCUGUGCCAGGAAGCAUUCGGAACUUGCGGUGAUUGAUCUUGGCAACAUGAGGGAAUUGCUUAAACAAGGCUUUGAUCGUAUUAUGGAUGCUUCACCCGAUUCCGCUGUCAAGAAACACAUCACCGGAAGAGAGCAAACAUGUCAUAGAUUUCCAGUAGGACCACUGCAAACAAAUAAUUUGGACAAGUUUUUGACAAAAUAUGAGCUUCAACCAACUCAGGGCUUCAGCUGA